UCUGUUUUUUGGGUUUAAAUUUGUAUAUAUUCUCAAGUCCCCUUUUCCCACCACCUCUCUUUUCCUUAUAAACACCACCCAAAACCCAUUCUUUCUUCUCCAUUCUGGAAAAAAAGACUCCCGGAAAAUAAAAUUUUCUUUCCAACCAAACAAGCAAUUUCUUACCCAAUAAAAAUACUACUUCUUACAAUUCCGUUUCCAAUCCCACUACUCUCUAGCCCUAAGUUUUGUUUUUCCGUUUCUCAAAGAAGCGGAAAAAAGAAGAAGAGAAAAAUUAACAAAAUUAGGGUUUUUCAAAUUGGCCAAUGUCACAGCUGAAGACUCUUUCACACCUUGAUAGCGUGCCAUCGACGCCAGGAAAGUUCAAGCCGGACAAAUCCACGCCGUAUGUUCACCGUUUCCGAUUCUACACCUCACUUUCCAGACUAACCCUUUGGUCGUCUUUCUUCCUCGCCUUUAUAAUUUUCUGUUUCUUUUUCUCUUCCUCUUCGCCUCCUCCUUCGUCUCGUCGAUCCCUCGGCGAUUCCUGGGGUGGCCGUGACUGGGAACGGCGAGUAAGCCGCUCGGCUCGCAAGCACACUAGCUCCGGCUUAACGGUGCUUGUAACCGGCGCUGCUGGGUUCGUCGGAACCCAUGUCUCCAUUGCACUGAAGCGGCGCGGUGAUGGCGUCCUUGGGCUUGACAAUUUCAAUCGCUACUAUGACCCUAGUCUCAAACGCGCUCGCCAAAAGCUUCUUGAGCGUUCUGGGGUUUUCGUCGUCGAAGGAGAUAUCAACGACUCGUCGCUUCUCAAGAAGCUUUUCGAGGUUGUUGCGUUUACCCAUGUAAUGCACCUUGCAGCGCAGGCCGGUGUGCGUUUCGCUAUGCAGAAUCCGGGUUCAUAUGUGCACAGCAACAUUGCUGGGCUUGUGAACCUCCUCGAAGUUUGCAAGUCCGCAGAUCCGCAGCCGGCGAUCGUCUGGGCAUCGUCGAGCUCGGUGUAUGGGCUUAAUUCUAAGGUACCCUUUUCGGAGAAAGAUCGGACCGAUCAACCUGCGAGCCUUUACGCGGCGACGAAGAAGGCUGGUGAGGAAAUCGCUCAUACUUAUAACCAUAUUUAUGGGCUUUCGAUUACUGGGUUGCGGUUUUUCACAGUUUAUGGACCUUGGGGUCGACCGGAUAUGGCGUAUUACUUCUUCACCAAGGAUAUUCUUAAGGGAAAAUCGAUUACUGUCUUUGAAGCUCCUAAUCAUGGAACUGUUGCUAGAGACUUUACCUAUAUUGAUGAUAUUGUGAAAGGGUGUUUAGCGGCUCUUGAUACAGCGAAGAAAAGCACUGGGAGUGGUGGGAAGAAGAAAGGUCCUGCUCAAUUGAGAGUUUUCAAUUUGGGUAAUACUUCACCGGUACCGGUUGGUCAGCUUGUAAGCAUAUUGGAGAAACUUUUGAAGGUGAAGGCUAAGAGGAAGGUUUUGCCGAUGCCUAGGAAUGGCGAUGUGAAAUUUACACAUGCAAAUAUAAGUUCAGCAUACAGAGAGCUCGGAUAUAAGCCUACGACUGAUUUGGAAACUGGGCUCAAGAAGUUCGUUCGUUGGUAUCUGAGUUAUCAUUCAGGUUCGAAGAAGAAGAGUUCCUGGUGAAUUUCCUGAAAACCCGAUGUUGAGCUUGGAUUCUUCAUAUUUGUUCUUCUCGGAUAUCUUAUUUCAUUUUGCCAUCUUUGAUUUAAACGCUUUAUCAAGUUGAUACCAUCAUACAAGGAUAUGGAAUGGUGUCCUUCUUUGGUUAGUUUACCUGUUGGGAAGGGCAUUUCAUUGCAGGGAAUUACCUGAUUUGUAGAGGGAUCGCCAUUGUUUUUCCACAUGUUGCUCUUUUUAGGAUGUUUCUAGUUUAGGUGAUGUACAGUCCAUGACUUGAUAGACAACAAAGAUUUCUGGUCGUUGGAUCAAUUUUAUUUGGAAGUCACUUCAAUAAUCUAGAAUUUGACACAAUGGGCUUCUAAGUUGUUUUUAUCUAUUAUACUUUGUUGUGUGGCAUUUAUUUUCUCUUUUUUUAUAUUUGCAUUGAUUCAGUUGAUGGUGGCUAAUGGAAGGCAUUGAUCCGGCACUUUUUAUUUUC